CUGAGGGAGCUGGGAUCAGUAGAAAAUAGGGUGAUUUGAGCGUAUAAAAAGAGGGUAGACGCAGGAGAGGAGAUAAACCAGUUUUCCUUACUCCGAUUUUCCUUCCUCUCCACCAGCAAACGGGGAUAGUCUCUGGGCUGUUUCCAAACAUGGGAGGUGAUGCUAUUAGCCUGGAGCAGAUCAAGAAUGAGACUGUUGAUCUGGAAAAAGUUCCGAUAGAGGAAGUCUUUGAGCAGUUGAAAUGCACCCGUGAGGGGCUGAGUUCUGAAGAAGGAGCCAACAGGAUUCAAAUCUUUGGCCCCAACAAAUUGGAAGAGAAGAAGGAAAGCAAAUUACUCAAGUUUCUUGGUUUUAUGUGGAAUCCUCUGUCAUGGGUGAUGGAAGCUGCAGCCCUGAUGGCCAUCGUGCUGGCUAACGGAAGCGGACAGCCCCCCGACUGGCAGGACUUUGUCGGUAUCGUCUGCCUGCUGGUGAUCAACUCCACCAUCAGUUUCAUUGAAGAAAACAAUGCUGGAAAUGCUGCUGCAGCUCUUAUGGCUGGUCUUGCUCCCAAAACUAAGGUUCUCAGAGAUGGUAAAUGGAGUGAGCAAGAAGCUGCCAUUUUGGUUCCUGGAGACAUUAUAAGCAUUAAACUUGGAGAUAUCAUCCCUGCUGACGCUCGUCUUCUUGAAGGAGAUCCAUUGAAGGUUGAUCAGUCGGCCCUCACGGGAGAAUCGCUCCCCGUUACCAAGAAUCCAUACGACGAAGUUUUCUCUGGUUCAACGUGCAAACAAGGUGAGAUUGAAGCGGUUGUGAUUGCCACUGGGGUGCACACUUUCUUUGGAAAGGCAGCUCAUCUUGUCGACAGCACAAACCAGGUGGGGCACUUCCAGAAAGUGCUGACUGCGAUUGGGAACUUUUGCAUUUGCUCUAUAGCAGUGGGAAUGUUGGCCGAGAUCAUCGUGAUGUACCCAAUUCAACAUAGGAAGUACAGGCAGGGGAUUGAUAAUCUCCUUGUUCUCUUGAUUGGAGGUAUUCCUAUUGCCAUGCCAACCGUCUUGUCGGUUACCAUGGCUAUCGGAUCCCACAGGCUGUCCCAGCAAGGUGCCAUCACGAAGCGAAUGACAGCUAUAGAGGAAAUGGCUGGAAUGGAUGUUCUGUGUAGUGACAAGACGGGCACAUUGACGCUCAACAAGUUGACGGUCGAUAAAAGCUUGAUCGAGGUCUUUGCAAAGGGUGUGGAUCAAGAGCAUGUGCUGCUUUUGGCUGCAAGAGCUUCAAGAACUGAGAAUCAAGAUGCAAUUGAUGCUGCUAUUGUUGGUACUCUUGCUGAUCCUAAGGAGGCAAGAGCUGGUAUCAGGGAGGUGCAUUUCUUUCCCUUCAACCCUGUGGACAAGAGGACUGCUUUGACUUACAUUGAUUCGAAAGGGAACUGGCAUCGAGCUAGCAAGGGAGCGCCUGAACAGAUCUUGACCCUUUGCAACUGCAAGGAAGACUUCAAGAAAAACGUUCAUUCUGUUAUCAAUAAGUUUGCUGAGCGUGGGCUCCGGUCGUUGGCUGUUGCUAGACAGGAAGUGCCAGAGAAAUCUAAGGAAAGCCCAGGUGGUCCGUGGCAGUUUGUUGGACUCUUGUCGCUUUUCGAUCCUCCUAGGCAUGAUAGUGCAGAGACAAUCCGCAGGGCCCUCCAUCUUGGUGUAAACGUCAAGAUGAUCACUGGUGAUCAACUUGCUAUUGCUAAGGAGACGGGACGUAGACUUGGGAUGGGAGCUAAUAUGUACCCUUCCUCUUCUUUACUCGGCCAGCACAAAGAUGAAUCCAUAGCUGGCCUUCCUGUUGAAGAACUGAUUGAGAAGGCAGACGGUUUUGCAGGGGUCUUUCCCGGUGCGUACUUUUUUCGUCUUUUUCCAUCAUUAUCUCUGAAUGAAAACUCCACACUCAUCUUGCUUUCAAUUUUCUGGCCAACAACAGAGCACAAAUAUGAAAUCGUUAAGAAGUUGCAAGAAAGAAAGCACAUUGUUGGAAUGACGGGAGAUGGUGUAAAUGAUGCACCGGCUCUUAAAAAGGCUGACAUUGGUAUCGCUGUCGCUGAUGCUACAGAUGCUGCAAGAAGUGCUUCUGAUAUCGUGCUAACUGAACCCGGGCUCAGUGUUAUCAUCAGUGCAGUCUUGACCAGCCGAGCUAUUUUCCAAAGAAUGAAGAAUUACACUAUAUAUGCAGUGUCCAUCACUAUCCGUAUUGUGUUUGGUUUCAUGCUUAUUGCAUUGAUCUGGAAGUUCGAUUUCUCUCCAUUCAUGGUUUUGAUCAUUGCCAUCCUGAAUGACGGUACAAUCAUGACCAUCUCCAAGGACAGAGUGAAGCCAUCUCCGUUGCCUGAUAGCUGGAAGUUGAAAGAAAUCUUCGCCACCGGUGUAUUUCUUGGAGGCUAUCUUGCCUUGAUGACUGUUAUAUUCUUCUGGUUGAUGCAUAAAACCGACUUUUUUCCGGAAAAAUUUGGAGUUAAACACAUUAAACAUAGUGAGCAUGAGAUGAUGGCUGCUCUGUACUUGCAAGUGAGUAUUGUUAGCCAGGCCCUCAUUUUCGUUACCCGAUCGCGCAGCUGGUCGUACGUCGAACGCCCUGGAGCACUGCUAAUGACUGCUUUUGUCAUUGCACAACUGGUUGCAACUCUGAUUGCUGUCUAUGCCAACUGGGGUUUUGCAAGAAUCAAGGGAUGCGGAUGGGGAUGGGCUGGUGUCAUCUGGAUUUACAGUGUCGUCUUCUACGUGCCCCUCGACCUAAUGAAGUUUGCUGUACGUUACAUCUUGAGUGGAAAGGCAUGGCAGAACUUGUAUGAGAACAAGAUUGCUUUCACCACCAAGAAGGACUAUGGCAAAGAGGAAAGAGAAGCGCAAUGGGCGCUUGCUCAGAGGACCUUACACGGCCUUCAAACACCGGAAGCUACUACCGUCUUCAAUGAGAAGAGCAGCUACAGAGAACUGUCUGAAAUUGCAGAACAGGCAAAGAGGAGAGCUGAGAUUGCAAGGCUGCGCGAGCUGCAUACGCUCAAGGGUCACGUUGAGUCAGUCGUAAAGCUUAAGGGCCUCGACAUUGAGACAAUUCAGCAACAUUACACCGUAUGAAGCAAUCGAACGACAUCCCACAAGCCAAGAUCUUAAUUUAGAGACCUAAGAAGAGGAGUUUGUCUUAAUAAAACAACCUUGUUUGCAUGAGGCUGGAAAAAGAGCCACUUGUAGUUUCCUGAUCUAUCUUCUUGCUUUCUAAUGGCCCUCAGAAAAGGGUUCUUGUAACACAGUUUUUCAAACUCAAGCUUUCCCCCCUUUAUAUUACCACUCACUUUCUAGUGUAUUUUUGUUCGACUCAUCAGUAUCAUCCUCGUGCACGGGCCAUACUAA